UGUGGCCGGGGCUGCAGCGGAGCAGCGCCAUGGCUCCAGCGCUGUGGCUGGGGGUGCUCUUGGGGCUCCUGGGGCUUCUGGGGGACCCGGGGGGCGCGACGAAAGUUCUCCACUCCUUGCAUUACCUGCAAGUGGCGGUGUCAGAGCCCAGCCCGGGGGUCCCCGAGUUCAUGGAAAUGGGGUUCGUGGAUGGGAUCCCCUUCACACGCUACGACAGCGAGCGGGGCCGGGCGGAGUCACUGACACAGUGGAUAAAGGAUGGAGCCGAGCCGGGAUAUUGGGAUAGUGUGACCCAGAUUGCUAUGAGGAACCAGCACGUCAAUGCCAGGAACCUGGAGACAUUGCGUGAGCGGUACAACCAGAGCGGGGGUCUCCACACAAAUUUGAUAGUUCGUGGCUGCGACCUCCUGUCUGAUGGGAGCAUCCGUGGAUCUGAGCGGCACAGCUAUGAUGGGCGGGAUUUCAUCUCCUUUGACCCGGAAUUCGGGAGAUUCGUGGCGGCCGACAGCGCUGCUGAGAUCACCAGGAGGCGCUGGGAGCAGGAACAGGAGGCUGAGAGGUUGACGAAUUACCUGAAGCAUGUCUGCCCAGAAUGGCUCCGGAAAUACGUCGGAUACGGGCAGAAAGAGCUGGAGCGCAAAGAGCCCCCUGAUGUCCACGUGUCCAGAAAAGAAGAACAUGGGACGCUGAUCCUGUCCUGCCACGUGUACGGUUUCUACCCCAACACCAUCGCAGUCAACUGGAUGAAGCGGGGUGAAACCUUGGAUCAGGGGAUGGAGCGGGGCGGGAUCGUUCCCAACAGCGACGGCACCUUCCACACCUGGGCCAGGAUCCAGGUGCUGCCGGAGGAGUGGGAGCAGUACCGGUGCAGGGUGGAUCAUCCCGGAAUGCUGGAGCCUGGGAUCUUCACUUGGGAGCCGACAUCUGGCAGAAAUCUCACUGUGGUGGUCACUGUGUCCGUCAUCGCUGCCAUCCUCAUCCUCACUGUCCUCAUUGGAUUCGGUGUCUGGAAGCUCCAAUCCGGGAAGAGGGACAGGAGUGGAUACAACGUGGCAGCUGGAAAGGACAUGGGAAGGAAUGGCUUGACCACAGUAAUCACCACCUGAGCGAUCCACGGAGCUGGAUCCGGCUCCUGAAGAGGGUCCCACGGAGAGCUGGCUGAGUAACGACAAUCACACCCAUAUGGCUACAUGCCGUUCUACAAAUUUUAUUAACAAACUUAUCAUACUUACACUUCUAUGCUUUGUUCACACGGCAGUUAUCUAACACUCAUUGGUGAUGCCGUUGAGCAGGAUGGGAACAGAGAACUCCAGAUCAGAAGCCUAAGAAAAUGAAUUCUGUCCUUUAUUUCAAAUGUACCGCUCUAUAUAUAGAGAACAUCAAGACUAAUUUCAUUGGUUGUAGAGUAAAAAUAUCCCACACCAUUGGUGGGCAGUGAAUGACACACACUGGCAGAACAUAUCUAUAAACAAUGUGAAUAACAAGAUAGAUUAGAGAAUUAUUUACAUUCUUUCCCAACUGCUUCCCAGGCUCUUGCCUGGUUAGAAAACCUUUCUCUCUGACUGAGCUGAGAAUAUCCAUACAUUGGCUGACUGGCUGCAAUCACGUGUACAUGUUACUUGUUGAUUGGCUGUCAUGCUGCAAGCACUUGGUCAGGGUUUGCCAACAUAGCGGUUCUCAUAUCCUGCACAGUGUCUAGCUUUGUACUUGUACAAUGGUCCAUUUUUCCUUAUUUUGCUUGUUCAAGGAUAGUCCAAGAUUGUUACAGUAACUUUGUAAUCUGCAGGCCAGGGUUGUCCAGUCCCUGCAAAGGCAUAGCAUGUCCCUGUUCUGCAAGAAAAUCCUCUACAGGCUCCUUCCCUCUUCUUGGGAAAGUCAAGAGCUGCCAGCAGAGCUCAUCCGGAUGCUCCCACCCACCCACCUCACAGUUCUUGCUAAGGGAUCAGUUUCCUGUUUACCAAUGUUUUAAAGCCAAGAACCACAAAUAUUCGCAAUGCUUUAGUUUCAGUGUGAAAUUAUCCUGCUUGGGGCAAUAAAUCCGGGUUCCCUCC